AUGAGUUUAGAGGCUCUCUCUCCACCGGGGUGACAAGUACGAGCAAGACGGACUUGGAAGAAUCAAUUAGAACAUAAAAAAACACUUUUCGUCGCUUCACAGCAGGAUACGCGACUCGACCUGGGGUUUGGACUAACUUCGGGCCACUCUUUUUUAGUUUUUCUUUUUCAUUUGCUUUGGAACGAGGCAGACAAAGAAGACAAUGGGAUCGCAGUCAUCCAAGGGAGAGGUGGCCGUGGAGGCGAACGCUGCCGCCGCUGAUGCUGCGGCUGUCAAAACCAAUGGACAGGAGAAUGGGCAUGUGAAGACCAAUGGCGAUGUCUCCACCAAGCCUGAUGGGGAUGCGGCGGCCACCAACGGCUCAGCCGAGGCUGCCAAGGAGCCCGAAGCAAGCGCGGAGGGCGACGCCAUCGAGCCGGCCCCAGCCGCUGAUGGCGAGGCGGCCAAACCCGAGGGCGAGGCCGCCGCCGCCAACACCGCCGCCGACGGCGCCACCAAGGAGACCCCCAAGAAGAAGAAGAAGAAGUUCUCCCUGAAGAAGUCCUUCAACUUCAAACUCAACCUGAAGAAGAGCAAGAAGAACGAGGCGGUCAAGGAGGAGCCAGCCGCCGCCGCCACCUCUGAGGAGAAGCCGGGGGAAAACGGAGCCACCGCUGCCGCCACAGAGGAGAAGAAGGAGGAGGUGAAGGAGGAGGCUCAAGCCGAGGCCCCGAAAGCUGAGGAGGGGGCUGUCAAAGAGGACGCCCCCAAGGAGGAGGCCAAGGAGGCAGCUGCCCCAGCCCCCGAGGCCUCAAAACCCACAGAGGAAAGCAGCUCGACCCCCGCCCCCUCUGAAAAGAAGGAGUGAUUGUAUCUGCAACUCAAAAUGAACUGGGUGAACUGUUUUUCAAAGAAAGAGAGAGAGAGAAUUUAAGAGUAUAUAUAUAUUUAUAUAUAUAUGUGUAUAUGUAUACAUAUGUAUAUGGAUAUAUGUAUAUGUAAAUAUAUACACAUGUAUGUGAGAGACUCCUUCGACGUGCCACUUUUCGUCAAGACGACAGACUAGAUUCACUAGGUCACUUCCUGCUCGACAUCUGGACCUCGACUGACUUUUCAGGCUUUGGCCUCGGCGGCGGCGAGAUGACACCACCCAGCGCGUGUAGUCGGACGAAACAUGAAUGGAGGACGCAUCUUUUUUCGCCCAUCUUACAGCUCAAGAUGCCUCCUUUGCGAAGGAAAGAAGAAGAAUACAACCGGGACACCACCACCACUUGAAAUGACUGUUAAAUAGCUAAAAAAAUAAAAUAAAAAAACAGAAAACAAGAAAUCCGAAAUUUAAAGAGACUUGGCAACUUUUUACAUUCCUAUAUUUUAACCCAAAUUUGAAGUAUUUUGUGGUGUAUUAUAGAGAACCAUCUUAAAAAGAAGCUAUGUCUUGUUUGUUAAAAAAAAAAAAAAGAAACUAUAGACAAGUUUUGAUUUUUACCUUACUAUGAGAAUAAAAAAAGAACACUUCAGCUUGCUAUGUUCACUGUUGCGGUUUGAUAUGAAGCAGAGUUGUUUAUCUGUCGUGUGUGAGCCUGAAUCUGCUUUGUCUAUGUAAAUACAAUUGGAUUGAUUUCUGUUCUUUAUUUUGCUAAUGUUGACAGAUGUUACUGGUUUUAUUGUAAAGUUGAUAAUGGUAAAUAAAUGUUGGUUACCCGCCUGUG